AUCAACCCACUGAUACAGCUCUUACAACUGCUCCAACCAACACUACAGCCUUGCGUGGUUCCCCUAUGUCACUAAAUUGUGUUACAGAUGCCAACCCAGCAGCCCAUGUGUAUCAGUUCUAUCUUAAUGACUCUUUUAUUAGCAACAGUAGCUCAGGCGUGCUCAACAUCACUGUUGAUACAGAUGGAGUGUACACCUGUGUUCCUAUCAACAAAGUUGGCACAGGACACAAUGCUACUGUCAGCAUCACCAUGGUUGGUAAGUUCAGUGCAUCGUCGAUCGUUUUCACAUGAUUUUCGUAGUAACAUACAAGUGUGUACCAAACUAAUGAAGCUGUGACCAUUUAAGUGAUGGAGUUUGAAUUCUGUUCCCAGGUAAAGAUAAUUUUGUUCCAACAAAUGGGUAUAGUUCAAGGCUCAAAAUUGUGACUGAUACUGUCACCAGUGCGACUAACAUUUUCUCCUUGGUGACUAAAAAUUCUUGUUUAGUCGCCACUUUGGUGACCAGAUUUCUCUAUGAUUUAGAUUUAAAUUUAAAGUUAAAACAAAUUUUUCAUGUACCAAAUUGCAUAGCCAAGGCCAGUUUACCUCCAAAUAAUAAUUAUUAUUUAUAUCAACUUGUGUCUGCAAUUUUUUCAAAUGGUAAACUCUGAUGGAUGGCACCAUACUAUGAGCUGUGUCAUUUGGUGACUAAAAAUUUGCAUCUGGCGACUAUUUUUCUACAGUUGGUCGCCACCUGAGGAUUUUUUAAAUUUCGAGCCCUGACUUAGUUGCUGACCAUGUGAGUCAAAAACGUUAUAUACUUAGUUCUCACCAUACUGCAUGUAACACAAAUACUGAAGCUGUCAUCAAUUAUUUUUUAACACUGUUUCUCUUUCUUCAGUUGCUCCAUCAGUAGAAAUCUCCAAUACAAUGCUGAUUGCAGUUGAGGGAAGCAACGUGACAUUAUCCUGCAAUGCUUUUGGAAAACCUCCUCCAAUAAUAACAUGGACAAGAAUAGGUGACUCUAAAGUCUUUCCUCAAGGUUCAUCAAUCACUAUUGUGAAUGUCACCAGACCUGGAACCCCUGAUAACAUGAUCCAGUAUCAGUGUACAGCUAGUAAUGGAGUGAGGAGUCCUGCUAAAGCUGUGGCGAAUAUUACUGUCCAGUGUAAGUACGAUGUUCAUCCAUCGUACUGUAAAUCCUCUAAUAACAUGAUGGGUGUAUAUAUAAACAACCAAAGCCCUAAUUUGCACAAGAAAGCAAAACCCUGAAGGAUUCUGGCAGUAGUAGGACAAUAAUGAUGCCAUGUUGCAAAUGAAAUAUUUUUUUAGCUUUUGACUUCACUUUUAUCAAUCACCUUUAUUUUGGGUUCAGUUUUUGAACAUCACGUUCAAAUGUGAAAUAAUUCUGUCCAAUGGCUGUCAACUUUCUUUUAACUGCAAGCUUUUUUGACAGCUAUGGUAUCUGCCUCUGACUGCUCUCAUAUUAAAGUUUUAUCCAAUUUCUUUUCUCAUCCUCCCUCUUCAGCGGCCAUACUAUCCUAUGUUUUUUUAUACUUUACAAACAAACAAUAUUGCAGAAAUUUACAAUUCAUUACAAUCAAGUCUAAUUAUUGGUUACUAAAAGUUAUAUUACAUUAAAACAGAUGACUAAUUUUACAGAGAAAUGAAGAAAAAGACGAAAAGAAAGACAAAGUCCAAAAAAUGACUACAAAAGCAAAUACAAGAAGGUUGUCUGCCUUUUAGUCUUCCCUCCCUCCCAUCUGCCCUGCUACAGUGUAUCCUGUCGUUGCUACCCAGCUAUGGGUAGCUUUUGUUGUAGGCACCAAGUACAUGAAGGUCAAAAAUGUUAACACCUCUUGUAUUCAUGGAAAUUCGUGUUUUUUAUUUUCCCUCCAUAAAUGCCCUCUUAGUUUUGUCCGUAUGUGCACCCAUACAGCUGCACCUCACUCAACAGUCUCCUAUGGGUGUGGUCCAAGAGCGAAUUUCAAUGUUACCACAAAACGAAAUACACCUUUAAUUGGGUAUGAGUAAGGAGGUAAUGGAACUCAAAAAACCGAACACAAAAUUUUGUGCUUUUGACCUUUGCAUAGCAAGGAAAGAAAAUGCAAGUAACUCCUAAUGUAAAUUGUUUAAAUUUUUCUUUUAUUAAAAAAAACGUUGUCUUUUAGUUGAACCUCAAAGGGUUAAGGUCUCCUGACCUUUUGGUUUUCUUUAACAGGCAUAUUUGUUGCCUUUGUUCUUUAGAUCCGCCAACUAGUACAGGUUUAACAACUUCUCUGGUUAACACCACAGUGCUAUUGGGCUCUACUGUGUCUCUUAAUUGCAGUACAGAUGCCAAUCCUGCUGCUUACAUGUAUCAGUUUUACUUUAAUGAUGCCAUUAUUGGCAACCGUAGCUCGGGUCUGUUAAACAUCACUGUUGAUGCCGAUGGAGUGUACACCUGUGUUCCUAUCAACACAGUUGGCACAGGACACAAUGCUACUGUCAGCAUCACCAUGGUUGGUAAGUCACUCAUAUUUUUAGUGGAGUGAGCGUUUUCACGGUUUGUUCUUAAUUUUAUGACUUUUUAUGUCAUGCACUACAUACAAUAGCACAAAUACCAAAUCCACGCUUUUUGUUCUGAAUGAACUGCUGAAUGUUUUCCAUGUGCAAACCCUUCACAGCUUUAGAAAUGACUGGGUGAAAAAAUUCAACUCUAAAGUCCUUGCCCAAUAUCUUUUCUAACAUUGUGUGCUUUGUUCUGUUUUCUUCAGUUGCACCAUUAGUAAAAAUCUCUGACACCAUUCUGACUAUAGUGGAAGGAAGCAAUGUGACAUUAUCCUGCAAUGCUUCUGGAAAACCUUCUCCAAUAAUAACAUGGGCACGGGUGGGUGACUCUAAACUCUUUCCUCAAGGGUCAUCCAUCACUGUUUUGAACGUUAGCAGACCUGGUACCCGAGAUAAUAUUAUCCGGUAUCAGUGCACAGCCAGUAAUGGAGUUGAGAGUCCUGUUGAAGCUGUUGCAAAGGUUACUGUUCACUGUAAGUAUAAUAAAAAAAAGCAUGUUUGCAAACAUGAAAUUUGUAUUUUGUAAGAAUGUCGCUAACGCCAGUGAUACCCAAUUCCAGGUUUUGUUCAGCAGCGAAAGUUGCAGUUCUGUAUCUGUUCUCAUUCAGCCAAGUUCCACAUAAUGAAUAGCCUAUUUACGUGGUUUGCACAAUCUUGAAAACAUCUUGAAUUUUAGUAGCCAUCUUAAGAAAUCCUUGAAGUCGGUUGAGGUCCUCGAAAACUAAUCGAUUUCUUAAUUAAGUUGUAAAAAGUCCUUGAAAUUCACUACCUUGUUUACGCCACACCAUUUUCUGGGAAAUUAGAAUAUGUUGUGGAGAACAAUUUGGCCCCUCCUCAGUGGAAGAACAUGUAGACCUCACAGGUAAUGUAAAAACAUUUUUGCGGAUGAACAACAUUUUAUUGUUUCUUUAUUUCAAAUCCUUUCUCUUUUCUUCAGAUGCAACUGCAAGUCAGUGACUGUUGUUAUUUUGCAAAGUGUUGUUACAGAAAGUACUAUAAAAUAAUUUGAUCAACCACGGCUGAUGAGAAGUAGAAAUCGUAACUUACUCCAUUAAGUGUUUUUACCAAUAAGGUGUUCAAAGGGGAAUAUAGAAAGCCGAAUGAUUGAAUAAAUCUUAGUCCUUGGAAACUGCAACUUGUCCGUAAAAAGUCCCUGAAAAGCCCUUGAAGUUUGUUUGUCUGAAGUUGUACAAACCAUCUAUUUCACCAUUCAACAUUUCUAAUUCGGCAAGAUACACAGUCCAGGCAUUUUGAAAUCUGGCCUGUUACAAAUUGCAACAGAAGCUUUCUCAUCAUUAAACAGUUAGUUUAAACCUGUUAACAAACAUGCUAACAGUCUUAAAUAUCCAAGCAUGGGAACACCUACCAAUACAGGCCGCUGUUAUGUCCUUCUUUCCUAUAGCAUGAAAAUGAGGGUCUAAACCGUAAGUUGUUAUAAUUGAGUUAUUUUACUGCUAGAAAUGAAGCCAUUAUUCUCAUGCCCAAGAGUAUACUAUCAACGAAGUGAUUUAGAGAUGAAAAAGUCUUUUAAAAAGUUCCCAAUAAAUAGCUCUCUGAAAAUACAAUGUUUUGUAAAGAUAACAUUAGUUAAGCAGUAGUCAGGAACCUCAUUCGAUUGUGUUUGGUUAUUGUUCUUGUAAGCAGGAUACAAGAGAGCGGUACUGGGGACAACAAUUUUGUCAAAUGGAAAGGGACAUUUUGGUCCGACUGACUGACCAAAAUAACCAGACCAGUUAAAGUGGACAACCUUUAAAGCUGGUCCCGAAUAUUCCAGUCAGAGCAAACUGAAAUGGUCUGUUCCAUUUGAUGUACCAACUGAAACUUCCGGAAUUUUGGGUUGAAUGGAAAGUGCCCGUACUUGAUUUUCCCUGACAUUGCAUGCGAUAUCUUGAAUCAUGUCUAUCAUGAUCCCAUCCCUACCACUGCUUGAGUUGUGUAUACACUAGUCUUCAUUUAAGCUCUUCAUUUCGAGCGAAGAGCAAGUGUGCCAUGAGAGAAUGUGCGAGCGAGAGGUACUGCAGAAAGGAAUGCAAGCAACGCUCAGUGAGAGAUUACAUACUGUUGACUGUGUGGGUGUUUUCAAAGGUUCGAUUUUGAGGCCUCAACCGUCAAAGCAGAAGGAACUGUAAAGUAGUAGUCGCAAGUAGACUAUCUCGAUGAUGCCAGAAUCUAAGCGAGUUUUUUGUGCUUGUAGAAGGAAAGUAAGAAUAAGUUACUGAUGGGAAGAGUUUCCCUAUAGUGAAAACACAAUUCAGACUCUUCAAUGCAAAGCUUUCAUUGACUUCUUUUGUACCCUUGAGCCACCUUUUCUGCCACAUUUCUAACUUCUUUAAAGUGGUUUGUUGUGAAAGCUCUUUUGGUGACAUUCCAUACUGUUUUGCAGAUCAGCCUAAGAUCCUCUCUGCUCCAUCACCUCAACAAGUUGUGGAGGGCAAUGGAGCUAUCCUGUUCUGUAACGCAACUGGCUAUCCAGAACCAAAUAUCACUUGGACAAAGCAAGGAAAUGAAAUCGUGCUGUCUACGUUAGAGGUUCUUAACUUGACCAGUCUUAUGAGAGAAGACAAUGGAGCAGUGUACACAUGUAUCGUGCAGAAUUAUCUCGGAACUGUGAAAGCUUCUGCUAUGGUUACAGUAUUUUGUGAGUAUUCCGAUUUUGUCUUUGUAUGAAGCAGUAUGAGUUCUUUUUUUUUUUUUAAAAAAAUAGAAAACUGACUGGUAGUGGCCAGGGUUGUUUGGCUGCUCAUUUUUGUAUUGUUAGGCAUAAGAAACAGGAGGCUGCCUUUUGAUGUGAGCGAUUCAUGCAUCGUUUUAAUGGCAACCUAAAUGAACACAAUCAGAUGUUUUAAAUGACAGCUUUCGUGUUUCUUGAAAGCGUGGAAGAAAAGAAACACAUAUUUGUCAAGUCGAGCCGUUUUCUGGCCACUGUCUGAUUACGAAGAGGAAUGGAAAUUGUUUAUAAUUCUAUCAGAAGGCUGCGUUCUGUUACUAAGAUCAGCUAUUUGUAUGUACAGAAGGCAAAAUUUUGACCUGUUGCAUGUCACUCCAUUCGUCGUCUGCCUUUCUUCCUCUUUUUGAUGGACAUUGACUUAAAUUCAUUUCGGUGGGAAAAGGGUUUGGGAAAACUAAAGAUAGGUAGUGAAGCAAGAUUUUCAUCAGUCAGGAGUUUUCAGGUCAUUUUUGCAUCUUUUUUUUUUGGAUAGUUCAAUAACUACACAACAGUUCAAUAACCACACCACUAGUUUAAUGACCAUGCAUUAGUUCAUUGAGCAUAAACUACAAGUAGCUGUGAAAAAAUAGCCACAAACACAUUAGGUUUUUAUUAAUAUGAAUUUGUUGUAUUAAUUAAGUGGUAAAUACUCAUUACAACAUAGCGCGCGUGCUUGCCCUAUAUAAGUCCUAUUGAGCCGCUAUGAACAAAAUCUUUAUUUACGCACGCCCGUGCGUAAAUAAGAUGACGUGAGCAUUUUUUUUUUUUGCCUGGCUGCAAAGUUGUCGUCUUUUAAGCUGCAGUGCACUUUUCGUUCUCUUUAAAAUGUGGAAGAAACCAGCGAAGAACUGCCCAAUUUUUCUAUCGGCAUUGACCUUUUAGGUCCCGAUCCAACAAGCAGCAAAAAUAAAGCCGAAUUUAAAAAAAACUUGCAAGUUGAGCGUUUCGUAAAUUUGUCGAAGAGGAGCUGCAGCAAAUUUUGGCUGAAAGACAUUCACUGGGAACAGAACAGACACCAACUGCUCAUCAACAACAUUUAAAGGCAAAAUUUCCGUUUUUAUUGUUGUUUUUAAAUUUGUUAUGCACUUUGUUAUCUCCGUACAAUCCGACUUAACCAGGAAGAUUUAUCUCGCAAUAACAACACAAAUUACACAAGAAGACAUAAAUUAUUACUCACAAAAACAACUGCUGCCAGGUCUUCUCAAGAAGCCGUAAUGACCAGCCAAUGUUCGUAAAUGAAUGUAAGUUUAAAGAAGGAUGACAGUCGUCUUCGCUAAAAAACAUGUUUUCUGGAUUUCGCCGAGCAAAACGUAAACAUCUUUUCAGCAAAUCCAAACCAUACUCCACGACUUCUUACGAACAUGUUAGUAUUUUAACUUUAGGUGAACUUUAAGACUCUUUUACCUUUGUUUCUGCUUAGUUUCCAUAGAUCGUUAACGAAUAAAGAAGCAAAUUUUCUUUCUCACUUUUACAGAAAGAAUAUUUUCAUUCAAACUAGACGAUUGUGGCGUGUUCGUAAUCAGCCAGUAGAAUCGUUUGUUAUUGUGUCGCGCGUUACGAGAAUUUUGCAGUUAAUCAAAAAGCAAGGAUUUUUGUCAGCUAUGUUAUAAAAGAAUUUGCUCAUGCUUUUAGCUGUGCGUAUAUCGAGUUAUGGAUGCACUUGGCAAGUUUGGAGAGCACUCAAGAAGCUAGAGUUGCACUCGGCUAUCGCCUCGUGCAACUCUUACGCAUCUUUCGUGCUCUCCAAACGUCCCGCGUGCAUCCAUAACUCGAUAUACGCACGCUAAGCAUGAACAAAUUCUUAAUUUAGCAAUGAUACAAGAACUUAAUUGGGAAGUAGCUAUGGUACAUUGUUAUUAAGUUCUAGUGAGGGCGGUAAUGUAAACAGGAACAUAGAGUGAUUGUAAUUUAAAAGUUAUAGUCUGCUCAGAAGGUCUGUCAUUCUCAUCAAGGGCACAGUAAACAUACCUGGAAAGAGAGUCAGCGCCAAAAAGGGAAAGCCAGCUCAGUCCAGAGGAAUUUUCACACUAAAUAACCAGACAAAGCACGCGUUGAGAAAGAAGAAAACAUAACGGUGAACAGAGGUGGAAACCUUGUUUUUAGACUCUCUUUCUGCACGUUUCAAACUGUGGCACCACCCUGAUGUACUGAAUCAUGCUCAUUCAGGAAUAUUUUAAAAGAACUCUCCCCCAUAAAGUUAGGUGUCAAAGUUGUCUAUGAUCAUUGAAAGUGAUGACCUCACAGACAGUACAAGGAGGUUCAUAUGUGAGUAGGUUACUCAUUAUACAGGUAGGUUAUUGUAUGAUUUUCGUGUUCUAUGCACCAAACCUAUCGGUCCCACCGUACGAAAGGUCCCUUGGUCAAAAUCAUUCUUAACCAUAGUUGUGCUUAUCUAUUCAUGUGUAAGAGUAAAGGUUACAAAUGUUAUUAAAGGCUACAUUAUAUUUAUGGGCAAUGUGAAAGGCUUUGACCUCUGCUUUCAAUUCAAAUUAGUGAUUAAAUCUGUCUGGUAAACAUGCACAUAGACAAUGUUUGUCAACCAAAAUGACUUCAUAUUCCUUACAGAUGCACCAACAGUUGCAAUCCAGCAGUGCACCUCUCCAAUUACUGAGAGUAACAAUGUUACACUUUACUGUAAUGCUUCCGGAAACCCAAUGCCCAAUAUUACAUGGACUGGACCAUACACAAGUGCAGUUCUAUCAUACAGCAACAUACUACUCAUGGAAGCUAUAAAAAGGAAUGCAUCAGGAAGUUAUGUUUGUCGUGCAUCUAGUAGUUUUGGGAUGGACAACACUUCCUGCAAUAUUGACGUUCAGUGUAAGUUUUCUUUGGAUAGUUAGUAGAGUAGGUUUUUAAAUGCGAAACUUUUUGCAUGCGAACUUCAAUUUGUUGCAAGAAAGAAAGAAACAGAGCUUGGUUUCUCUUCUGUUGUGGGAAAUCCUACAAACCCUUGGCCUUACAAGUCUCUCAAGAGUAGGUAGUUACCGUGCAUCUCAUAACCGGGCCUAGGAAUCUUUUACAACUUAUUCUGUUGUCUUUGUCCAUUAGAUCAACCAACUGGUACAGCUCUUACAACUACUCCAACCAACACCACAGUAUUGCGUGGUUCCACAGUAUUAUUAAACUGCAGUACAGAUGCCAACCCUGCAGCCCAUAUGUAUCAAUUGUACAUCGACGACACCAUUAUUGGUAAUAGCAGCGAUGGUCUGUUCAACAUCACUGUUAAUGCAGAUGGAGCUUAUACCUGUGUUCCUAUCAACAAAGUUGACACAGGAUCAAAUGUCACUGUUAACUUCACCGUGGUUGGUAAGAAAACAAUGGACAAUGUGAAUUUUUCAGUUUUAAACUUAAAUCUGUUACCCUUAUUUAGUUCUUAACAGUAUCAACUCAACGAUUCUUUUGUUAGUUGCACCAACAAUAGAAAUCUCUAACACAGUGCUAAUUGCUGUGGAAGGAGGAAAUUUGUCAUUAUCCUGCAAUGCUUCAGGCAAGCCUGCUCCAGUAAUAACAUGGAUACAAGUGGGUGACUCUGAAGUCCUUGCCCAAGGUUCAUCCAUCAGUGCUGUGAAUAUCACCAGACCAGGGACCCCUGAUAGUAUGAUCCAGUAUCAGUGUACAGCCAGUAAUGGGGUGGAGAAUCCUGCUAAAGCUGUGGCGAAUGUUACUGUCCACUGUAAGUACAGCAUCAAGCCUACUUAAAUUUUCCACGUAUUCUCUUUAAGAAUCGAAGUUUGGUGGUUACAAUUAACGUGGCAAAGCCACAAACACAAACAUUACCUAAUUUGAUAAACAUGCGUAUGUGCAAUAUUUAAAGUUUUAUUUAAUCUGCUUUUGCCAACUUUGCAUCCGGAGCUGUGAAUAAAGACGAAUUUGCUUGAUGGUUAUACCCACAACAGAGCAUUUUCGCCCGAUUAUCACAAGAAGCAUCUUACUUCAAGCUCGUUGAAGUUCAAAUAUUUCAUGACAUGUAACGUAUGAUAUCAAAUGAUGUCAUUAUUUUUUUGGGUGAAGUACCUUUACCUAUGGAUGCAGCCAAGGGGUAUUUUAUUUUGAGGAAAGUAGUACUUUGUCAUCCCUCCAUUAACAGCAAGUUUAAAUAUGUCCUGUAGUUUUCCAGGUGCCAGGAGUUAUCUAAACACCACCUCAACCCACAUCUUCUUUUUCCUUAUCAACCUCUUGUUUUUAAUUUUCUGUCCAGCCUUUUAAGCGGUAUGUUCGUAAAAUGCUCCUUUCUAAUGCUGUUGUUGUAGAGAGAGGAUUCGAUCAUAUGAGCUUUUCUUAUAAGCCUCAAAACAUAGCAGACAAAAGAAGACAUCUCUUAAAGGAUCGUUUUUAAGGAUUUUUAUUUACUGUUACGACUUGCCAUGUUGACUUGUCAGCCAUGUAGCGUACAAUACUAAAGGUGGAGAUUAUAGCCACUGCGAACGUCUGAUGUAUGAUGGCGGUUCUGGACAUCUUGCUGUGAAAGAUAUCUACCUGGACAUUCUUUAAAACGUUUUCACGGAAUUGCUUGCGCAUACAAUGACAACAGACUUUCUUAAAAUGCUAAAUGCAUGAUAAAAGUGUUCGUCGUGCUUGCACCACCUAGCAACACCAGAUUAGUUGCCUUUUAAUUCCGAAAAAAGAAGAACACAGAUGACAGGACAUUCCAGGUAUGUGAAGGGAAACUUUCCCUCUCUCUCUUUCGCUCUCUAUUUUAACUUUGCGGAUUGAAAACAUUCCCAAACUUAUUUUUAAAGCAUGAACUUGGACAUAUUGGAAGACAUGUGCCAAAGUUAUCUUGGCUUUAGUCUUUUUGUAGUCGCUUCUUCUUUGGAUAUAUCAGUGUCAUAAGACAGUGCAUCUGAAGUGUUUUUUCACCUUUCAAGUUAGAAAAGGUAGCUUUUAUUGGAACCAUGUCAUCUUAAGCAUGUUGCCAUUCAGUGCAGAAUUUCUCUUUUUCGCUUCCUUGAUUGUUAUUGUAAUGUUUUGUUAUUUUUUGAAAAUCUUGUUGAAACUCUUAGGCAGUUCUUAGGAAACCAUAGAUGAAUUGUUUGGAUAGAGUUAACAGUUUUAAUGCCAUGGAAAACUGUUGAAGAAAUGAAUUUCUAUUAGAUCUUCAAGUUUUAAUGGAAAUUAAUAUCUCCAUGUGCGGGAAGGUGAAAAGCAUUACAGUUUCUUCCUCAUUUGAAUAGAUCCACCGGAGAUUGUCUCCACUCCAUCACCGCAGCAAGACCUUUAUGAAGGCAAGGGAACUGUUCUUUUCUGUAAUGUCACUGGUAAUCCACAACCAAACAUUAGUUGGACCAAACAAGGAAAUGAUAGUGUACUGUCGACCUUACAGACGUUAAACCUGACUGUUCUGAAGAGAGUCGACAAUGGAGCAGUUUACAAAUGUAAAGUGCAGAAUUAUCUCGGACUUAUGGAAACUACUGUCAUGAUUUCAGUGCUAUGUAAGUAAUGACUGCAUACUAUCUCUGAGCACGCACUGUGAUUAAUCAGGACCUUUCUUCGAUCAAGAUAUGCCUUCUAUGCUCAGGGGAAAGUAAGGAAAUCUGUUAAAAAGUCACAAACAUUUUCAUGUUGACCAUGUGAGUGAAAAGUCAGAUGAUCGCCAGAUGAGUGGCAACCCUGAUAAAGGGGUGCCUUUUCUCCACUGAGAUUGAUGCAAUCUUUUUACUUGGUUGCGGCAGGUUGGGUAGUGGUCAGGGUAAUAAUUUCCUCAUUGGCAGGGAAAAGUGAGGGAAUUUUACUUUGAGUGAGGGAAGGUUAAAAAACAUCUUUGAAAGAAGUCAGGAAAAAGUGAAAUUUAGAGAUAACUAAAAUAUUUAUUGCCAUCUCAGUGAGUGGAAUAAAAAAUGGCAUAUUGUUUAAUGACAUUGAACAAUACACUGAUGUUGCACUUUCAAGAAAUCAAUCCUUCUCACAGAAGGAUAAAUAAAUGGUCGUAGAGAACGGCUGUAAGAGGCUAUUCUCGGGACUAAUUAUUUAUGCAGUUGGUCAGGGAAAAUUUUACAUUUAUCACAGAAAAGUCAGUAAAUUUAAAAAGACCUAUGGCCUUGGCAACCAUGUUUAAAGUGCUCUUUUUGAUCAAGUCUAAGUUGACUCUGCUUUUUCCAUAUAUUAAAAAUUGUUAGAUAUUUCAUACAGUACUUACACAUUGAGAAACUCCCUGGCAGAACUUAUAUCCCCAACUAUUCUUUUUAUGUUUGCUUUCUAGAUGCACCUACUGCAACCAUCCAGCAGUGUUCUACUCCAGUCACUGAGGGUAAUAAUGCAACUCUUUAUUGUAAUGCUACUGGUAACCCGGCUCCAAAUAUUAUGUGGAUUAGAAAAAGUACAAGGCAAGUUGUGUCAGCAAACAAGGUACUUGUCAUUGAAGCCAUCAAAAGCAAUGGAUCUGGCAGUUAUGAAUGUCUUGCUUGGAAUGGCAUUGGGAACAACAGCACCAACUCCUGUACAGUUGACGUAUACUGUAAGUAAAAAAUAAGUCAAUGGUUGAAUCACAGUUUGAGGAGAGAACCACCCCUGGCUAAACAGUGGGAGUUUUGGAUCGCCUCUGGUUGCUAACUGGAUUUGUUCCUUUCUAGUUUCUAGUUUAAUCCUCAAUUGCACUUGUGAAUAGUCAAGUGGUUUGUCCCCUGCUGGUGGUUCUUACCCUCGUUAUUACGUUUUCAUUAAUUUUUUUGCUUGGCUUGUUUGCUCAGCCCUGCUAUCUUUUGUGCUAUAACUGCUAUGAGUGUAAAUAGGGUCAUUAUUAUAGUGGUUGUUUUAUGCGUGGGAUACUUUGGUAAAGUAUUGGCUGUUCGGUAUUUCUUAGAUACACCAACUGGUACAGCUCUCACAGCUGAUCCUACCAACACUACAGUGCUGCGUGGUUCUACUGUGUCACUUAACUGCAGUGCGGAUGCCAAUCCAUUGGCUUACUUGUAUCAGUUCUACUUAAAUGACACCAUUAUUGGUAACAGCAGCUCAGGUGUGUUCAAUAUCACUGUUGAUGCAGAUGGAGUGUAUACCUGUGUUCCUGUCAACCAAGUUGGCACCGGGCAGAGUGCUAUGGUCAGAGUAACUGCUGUUGGUGAGUUUAAAAUGCAGGAUUCUUAUUAAUUCUACACUUUAGUUAACCCAUCCAAGGACAAUAUUGUGAUCAAACGUGUGAAUGAGGAAGAGAUCUUUCAAACCAGACCAGAAUGAGCACGAUUCAUUCAAGGAGGCCAGAUAAAAAGGCAAAAACCCAUUUAAUGUUGAUCCUAAAAUUCCCACUACCAACCUACCCUUGCAUCUAAUCUUAAGAUCAAAAAAGCUCUCCUAAAAAGUUUUUCCACCUCGCAAUUUUGCUUUCUAUGCAUGCCCGAACUUCAGAAGCUGAUGCUUCGCUUUUGGAACAGACUGCUGCAAGAUGCUCGACUGUUGUUUUGGGCAGUUUCUGCUCAUUAUAGCAGGACAGUGACCAGAAAUCCACUCGAUUAGCUCCAACAGUGCGAUUUUCAGCAAAAUUUCCAUGAGCAAAUGGGUUAAGCAAAGUAUUGUUUCAUUUUUUUGGAAUUAUGCCAAUUUAGGGCUAGGAGGCAAAACAAAUUAAGAAUCAACCUAGAUUUAAAAAAUUGGACCUUUAUUUUAUAUUAUUUUAUUUUGACCUGUAACAUAUACGUUUAGAGUAUAGUUUUUAAUAGUAUGCAUGUUAAAGUAAUGAAUUCCCUCCCUUGAUGACCCAGUUCGUUAUUUUCUUUUGCAACAACCAUUUUUAGCACUAAUGUUUGUGGUCAAUGAAACUCAUUUUCAGUUGGCCCAGCUGUAAGGGUAUUUCCUCAGACUGUUACAGUAGUGGAAGGUGACCAUAUUUUUUUAACUUGCAAUACGAGUGGCAUUCCUUCCCCACUGAUACGCUGGGUACGCAUUGGUCAGUCUGGCGUCGUUUCACAGAAUUCGUCACUGACUGUUGUAAAUGUAAGCAGACCUGGUACCCCUGAUAGCAUGGUCCAGUAUCAGUGUACAGCAAGUAAUGGAGUGGGGAGUCCAGCUGUAGAUGUGGCAAAUGUUACUAUCCAUUGUAAGUAAAAUUUAUAAUUUUCAACCAUCAAAAAUAUUCUGUAACAAACUUCUGUAAAAAGGACACCUGUGUGUUGUGGACCUCUUGACAUGCUUUACCGACGUGUGUGGCUGUCUAGCUUAAAACUGCGGAUUCUGUUGCCUUAACCUAAAACUCGAUGUUAUGUGAGAUUUUGUGGCAAAGACAUCUAUCAUCAUGUGGGCUGAUUGCCAAGGAAAACUUGAAAGAGGUAAAGAAAAGAAAUUUAUCUGAGUUUGAAGCUACAGUGUAAGUGGCAUUAUGUCAAAGGUGUGAUGUUAUCAUAGUACAUCUAGCCUCCCAAAACAGUUCCUUGGAUGUCUCAGGAUACGAGGCCCUCCUUAUCUAAAUGUAUAGUGCUUCCGUUGCUUCUUUAGCAAGUAGCAAGUGAUUGCUGAAUAUAUUUUCGGCUUUUAAAAAGCCAGUAAGCAGAGAGUAGAGCUAAGAUGCUUAAGUGUACAUUAAAUCUUAGUUGUCUAGGUCAUUGAUUAGAUGUUUUGUUUUGUGAAGAUGCCCCAGAGAUUGUGGUUGCUCCUUUAAAUACAACAACUAUUGAAGGCAGAAGUGCUAUUUUAUUCUGUAACGCAACUGGAAGUCCCAAGCCAAAUGUUACAUGGUCAAAAGGAGGCAGUAACACAAUUUUGUCUUCAUCUGAGGAAUUGAUACUGGGCAACCUAACAAGAUCACAUUGUGGGACCAAGUACAAAUGCAUCAUCACAAAUUAUCUGGGAUCUGUUGAGGCGUCAGCCAUAGUCACAGUAUAUUGUAAGUAUAAGUAUACAUAUUCAAAGGAAAUCAUGCUAUCAUCGUCAUCAUCAUACUUUGUUUUCCUUAAAGCUGGUAAAUUCUUUCCUCUAAGAUCCUGCUGUGGUUGCAUACAGUCCAUUGAAUCAGACAGUCUUGGAAGGAACCAACGUGACUCUCCACUGUAAUGCAUCUGGCAAACCAACACCGAACAUAACUUGGACAAAAGAUGGCAGUCAAGCAGUGUUAUUUCUAGGAGACAUUUAUGGUUUUGUUAACGUGCAGAGACAGAAUGCUGGAGAUUACACAUGUACAGCUUGGAAUGGAGUCGGCAGACAAAGCAACGCUACAGCUACAGUAAACGUACAGUGUGAGUCUCGUUAUUCGUUCUUACUUAAAUCAGUUCUCUUUUGUUAUUUUUGUGCUAUGUCUCAUUCGAAGACUCCCAAUAGGGUUGUUUAAUCCCAUGACCUGACCAAAGGAGGUUAAAUCACAUAUCCCACAAUGCAAUGCUUUCAACUAUAUUAUCAAGUUGGCGAGAACACAUGAUCCCUUCAUUUCGAAUGAACACGAAAGAGAAGAGAGUGCCAAUGACCGCCUAUAAUCAACGAUGUUAUACUUAUAUUCCUUGGACACCGAGUACAUUUUUGAGGUCAAAUUAUCUGAUUGGCCUUUCCUUCAGCCGAAAUGUCCGUUUGGACUCGUUAUUUAGUUUGCCCGGAACUCCUUCGGAGCGGCAAAAUGUUGUUUUCCUCAGGGUUGUUCUUCCAUCGAGCAUGUGCUUGAAUCAGGCAAGAUGUGCAGCUUAGAAUCCCCAGGUAAGAGGCAGUCAAAAGUUAUAACAGAUACCUUGUUUGUCUAGAAAAAUAUAGUAAAUAUUAAUCGUGUUGUUUUACGGACUGUUGUGAUUGCGAUUGCAGACUUCACCAAGAAGAUGCUGAAGACGACGAGGACAUUGCAGUGAUCUUGUCCUUGUUAAGGAGCUUCGUGCUCUUUUAAGACGAAUUUGUGUUGUGAAAUGAUUUCUCAUUGACUUUUAAAAGUAACUUACCCUUGAUUAUUCUUUUAACUUUACUGAGGACCGCUUUUACACACUUCACCUCGUAUUCAUUGUUUUGAAUUCUUACCAUGUGGUUGCAUUGUUUACUUGUAUUGGUCUCAAUGACAGCCAUUCUAAAUUAAAAAUUCUUGUUAUUAAAACAAUAGAAAACGUUUUCCGUGUUUGCAUAGCCUGAUAUAAACACGAGAGGGGUUGGGAGAAUUCGAGACAGUUAUGCAGACCCGAGACGAAGUCGAGGGCUUGCAUAACUGUCGAGAAUUCUCCCAACGCCUCGAGUGUUUAUACUUUAUAUCAGGGUAUGCAAACUCAGGAAAAAAGUUUUCUAUUGCUUUUAUAAAAUAACUUUCCCGAGGAAAAACGUAAAACUCUUUGUAUGGCUCUGAUUAAAAGAGAAAUUUUUAGUACCAGUCUUGUCCACGAAGUCUUGCAUUUGUAAUCAGUUCUUGUGCAAAAAGAUGCUUUCCAAACUACGGAUUUUUCUCACUUAAAAUGUCAGCUUAAGCGAAGAAAAAUUGACACACCUUCUUUGUAAUGAUUUUCCAAGUUUCAGCCGACGAAGGAAUGGGUAAAUAAAGUAAACUCGAAAACUUUUUCAAAUUCGUGCUUGCGUGAUUAGCGCGCGAAAAGCAAAACAUCUUGACGCCAUAACCAUGUUUACAUACUCUCAUUCAAACACUCCUCUCCGCCAAUCAGAGCGCGCGUACUAUCUUAGUUAUUUUAUAAAAUGUAGUGGUAUCUACACCAUCAAGUUGUUAUUAAUUGUAUGGAUAUCUCUUCUUUUAUAACCAGUUUGUUAUAAACCUCUUUUGAAGGAGUGAUCAGCCUGCAAUGUUUGCAUCAAUAAAAAGUUUUUUUUUGAAGUGCAAUGAGAGCAGUUGUUAUUUAUCAUUGACCAUUCAAAGAAAAACCUGGACUUGCUGAGUAUCAUAACAUCAGCAAACCCAUAUGCACUCAUCCUGUGGGUCUGUAACCCAAUGAUGAAUUGCAAAAUAUAUAUUUUUUGAAUUUCUAUACCAUUGCUGAAACAAAGUGGGCAAUAAGUUUUAACUCUUUUCACGGUUAUCUUAACUGGGAUAGGGCACUCCACAAUCAAUCAAGACCAAAAAUGAUCAUAUGCACGAGAAAAAUUUAUUUGUAAAGAUAAAACAAUAUUUUAUUUGGGAUUAUUUCUUAAUCGUACAGACAAGUUCAGAAUAACUCGAAACUGUGUUUUGUUGUUACUUUGAGCAUUUGGCUUUAGUGUGAAAAAAAAAACUUUAGUUCCAAACUCAGGGAAUAUUAGCAAAAUGGAGUUUCCAGCCAGUAUUUAUUUAGGGAGGAGAAAUCUCUGUUCAGGAUAGUUUUAUGAACAUAUUUAUCAGCAUCUGUAUUAUCAUGUUCGUCGUAGAACCUCAAUAAUAUUAAAGUUAAAACCAGUUUAGUCUAAAGGUAGGGGGGAGGCUGGAUACGCCACCACUUUAGCUUCUGUGAAGGCAAAGCUCUCCAAUAUGCAAUUGAUUGGUUAUUUUUCAGUUAUGAGAAGACAACAUUGUUGAAUUGCAUUACAAUGAUUACCAUCUACAUUAGAUGGUGUUGCAUACAAAGGAAAAAAAAUAGAUAUAGCAGACUAAAAUAAAAUGGAAUAAAAAAGCAGCUGAGAUUUCCCUGGAAGCAGAGGUUUGUUUCUGGCUUAGCUUUUAGCAUUUAUGAAGUUAUUUGCAUUGUUUGUCUGUUGGGUAGUUGUAAACAAACCAACUACGCAAGUGACAAGUGACACAAGUGACUGUAAAUGCCAAAGGGCAUGCCAGAAAGCAACUCUGCUCACAGGGUAGCUAAGAUAUCAUAGACAGUGUUUUAUGGUGUCGAGGUUUCUUCUUUGAAAUGCGACAUGGAUAACCUAAAAUGACUCAGUUUUCCAGUGAGUAAUGCAGAGAGACUAGGCCAUUUGCCCUAAGAGGUCAUGUGACAUCGUUUUUAUAAAAAUGAAAGUUGUAUGAUUUUGCCCUCUAAAAACGAUUAGUGGGUCAUAUCUUAAACAAAAUGAUAUUGAUUUGGUUUUUCAAACCCACACCAUUUUCUUAAAAUGAGUAAGUUCGUAGCUGGGCACGUGACCAAAAUGUGAUUUUUGAAAUUAUGAAUUGCCUCUUUCUGGACGCAAAUUUUGCGCUUAAACUUCAAGGAACAUUUUGAAACGAUGAUGUGGUGACGUUUACAGCACAUCUGAGCGUAACAAUCAAACAUUUAACAAGAUAUAAGGAUAAAGUAGUUUUGCCCGCGAUGUUGGGGGGCAAGAGUAUGCCCUCCAACACGGCGGCCAAUACAAAUCAUAUUACUUUGUAAUAUGCCAUCGAAUUUCUCCCUUAAAUGCGUUUCCUCUCAAAUUUCCGGUGUAAGAUAAUUUUUAUGUGCUCUGUCAAUUUUUGGCGUCAGCAAGAUUCCAACUCAUUGCUUAAAUGACGCAUUGGUCACGUGACCUCUUAGUGCAAGUGGCCUCUUGUAAUCCUUUCUGCAGGUUGGGUCACAGAAAACCAUCAAUAUAAGACUCUUCAGUUAGAUUUUAAUAAACACUGGGUUAUACUUGUUAGCCAUGGCCUAAUGCUCAUAUCAUAAUUAAUGAAGCAAAUAAUCACUGUUGUUUUAAGAAAAAAAAAAGUGUUGAAAUUCAGGGACACAAUUUGUAAAAGGAAAAUAGAACAUAGAUCAACAGAAAGUUAAAUAACUAACCUUGAAGUACUUUGAGCUGUGUGAAUUUUGCGUUUGAACAUCCCGUUUUAACCACUUCUUGCGACUACUGAAUCAAUGCGACUUUCGAACUUUUAGAAGCAAAGCGUCAUGGGAUACUUGAUCUAUCCUCCUUUGACCUGACCCAAAUUUUCGUGCAAUCCCGUAAUCUAAUAAUUUAUGGCAUCCUGCCUCCCAUGCAUACUUUGAAACAAGAAUCCCGCUCCGAAUUGGCUUUCAAAUUUCGAAUCCAGAGCUUCAAAUAAGGGAAAUCCAUGAAUGAAUUGGAUAAGAUCUUGCUGUGUGGGCCCUUUAUCCUGUGUGUUUUAAGUUGUGUUUAUGAUAAAUGGCAAAGUGUUUUUCUUUUGAUUCCAGAUGAGAGUGUUAUUGAUAAAGGACCAUUUAACAGAACCGUUGUUGAAGGAGAUAACAUCACUUUUUCCUGCAACGCAACUGGCAAUCCAACUCCGAACAUUACAUGGACGAAAGUUGGCAGUUCAAGGGUGUUGUAUCAAGGAAAGACGUACAGUAUUUAUAAGAUACAAAGAGAGACUGCUGGAGAUUAUGCGUGUACAGCUUGGAAUGGAGUUGGAAAAAAAUCUCAUGCUUCUGCCACAGUCAUUGUACACUGUAAGUGGCUUCCUUCAAUUCUUGUUCAUUUGCAGUUUACGUAAAUGGAAUUCAAUUCCGACAGGAUGUUGUGGCUUUAUAACGACGGCUGUUUUGGAGAUGAUAUAUUGCUUACUAGACUUCCAACGCCGUUAUUAUGAAGUAAUGUGAUUCUUAAAUUGAUUUUAUUUUAUUUAAUUGAUACAUCUUUUUAGUGGAGUGGGUAAACGAAAUUUCAGUAAAAUCGUCCAUUGAUUGAAUAAGAAAUUCGUACUUUAGACAAACUGUUGGCGUGGUUAUAUCCUUAAUCACUUGCGACACACGAGUUCCAAACCAAGAAAAUUUGAAACAUACAUCAGCAAGUGCUAGUGGUGGUGAAAAAAACGAGUUACCGAGGAAGUGGAAAUGAAGAAUGAAAACCAAACAGCUGCUGUCACACCAAUACUAACCUGAGAUCAGGCUCUAUUUUCGUUUUGCUUUGUAAAAUACAUUCCAGUGGGCAAGACUAAACGAAAAGAGAACCUGGUGCAAACCUCCUACGAAACGUCUUCCACCCACUUUAAAUUGAUUGACAUUUGCCGAAUCAGCCAACCAAAAUUACUUCCGUUACUUGUUAUUUUAGUAUGCAAAUUUUUCAUACGUGGGAAAAAUGUAGACUCGCUGACUUGAAAAAUAGCUUUUAUCUUUUAGUUUUUUUUAGACCUUUGUUUCGUUAGUAAAUUCGUAAAUUGCAAGUGUACGCAAGGGACCAAAUCAGUUAUGCAUUUGAGAACUUGUUUGGUUUGUCCUGAGAUAAUUUAUAUAUCUUUUGAAAAAGUUCGCAAUAUAUUUCUCCAAGAUUUUAAAGAUUUAUGUACUGAGAAUUGGGGAAACUGUCGAGGAAAAUAAUUAAGGCAACAGACAAAUAGAUAUUUCGGUAUUUUAAAUUAGAGUGAGCCUAGCCAAAAUAUUAAAACUACGACAUCGUGUCGCCGUCUUUUCGAAAACUUUUUACCUUCUACGCCAACAGAUAUAACCUUCAAGAUCUCCAUUAAUCUCACAAGAAUUUAAAUGUGAUUGUGCUGACCGUUUAUUUUUAGUUGAAAAAUCUAUUUUUUGUAAAUCCAGGUAAAUAUUGUCUGCCACUGUGGAAAACGAAACGGCACUUCUAAAACUGCAUGCUCAACUGACCUAUAAACAAAACCAAAAACAAUAUUACAAACACACUUUGUAGUUCUCCGUAGUUGUGUUGUUGUUUUACUUCAGGUCUAAAAUCUUGGCUCGCUAAAUUUAUUAAUCGAAGUUCACAAAUAGCCAACGAGCAAGGACACCAGUUUUCCUGGUUUAUUUUUUACAAAAAGCGAAGGCAAACAACAAGUCUGUUACCUUAACACUAGCACCACCAGAUUUUAUCAUAAUGCCUACAAAAAUUCCUUGAACAGCGUUACAAUGUUUUUCGUCUAAUACUUCACAGUUGGUGACUGAGGUUUCUUUCGCAAUGAGCCUCCGCCUGCGUAUACGGUUCAGAGAAGUCAUUCCCGGCUAAACUUUCAAAUGAAAUCACUUUUAAGAUGGACAGUAUUUUGAUUUGCACUCGUUUGUUGGUAAAUCAAAAGGCACCAUGUUAGCAGUCAACAACUUGCAGAGGGAUAGAUUUCUCAAUUUUCUGAUGGAUUCCAUCUUAAACUGUGUUGAAACAAUAGCAGAUGUGUUUUCAUAGACCAGUGAUAGUAGAGGGUUUUGAAAGCCUUGUGGCUGUAAAAGUUCCUUAUCUUUGCUUGCUGAACCUUUUACUUAAUUAUAGCACUGUCACUGCUUACAGAACAGAUUUUAAGCCAACCAUAAGCCUGCAGUUUUAGAUGAAAUUAUUGCAAAGAAGCGUUUCCUCAGCCCAAUCAAAAGAAUACCCAGGAUCAUGAUACUGAAAACAAAUGACAAAUCUAUGUAUUUCUGCAGUUAUUAUCGGAAUUAACAACUGCAUUGCUAAAUGGAGGUUGCGUGCCUGGAGUAUCCAGUGGCUUCCACUAUCAGCAGCCAGCUGCUAGAUUGAAUGCCCCCAUGACUGGCAUAACAGCGACACCCAGCCAUGACAGGCACCUGUCACACUGAAAACAUCAGUGGAGAAAACCAACAAAGCCUAGGGAGAGGGGGAAGGGGAAGAAAAUGGCUGACAGAACCUAGCACGAAGGAAAACUGACUGUGCCAAUGAGUCAUAUGAUCGAUCUAGCCAGCUACUGGGCAUGUGCAUGCCAAAGACCGCUGACCUCAGGCACUUAAGGCACUCUUAGUUGUUAACUCCUUUAAAUUGCAUUUAAAUGCGUUUAACAACUGCAUCGCUAAAAUAGAGGUUGGGUGCCUUGAGUAUCCAGGGGCUUCCACUAUUGGCAGCCAGCCCCUAGAUUGAAGUAAUGCCCCCAUGACUGGCACAACAGCACAACCCAGCCAUGAGCCCCCACACCAACCUGAAGGGGCCUCCGAGCCAUGGCACUAAGGCUCGGAGAAGGGGCUCGUGGCUUGGAGACGCCCAAGCCCAUAACGGCCAAACCCGAAGUCACCUGAACGUAUGUGUAUGCUACCACCCUUGAUAAGGUACCUGUUACUGAAGCAGCCUCCCAGAAACUUCCAAAAUUGAUUCCACAGGGAUUCUAACGUAGAGUUAAUAUGCAUCACUGGUCCACCCGCCCAUGGUCUUGAUAAGGUGAUCUGGAAUGCCGCAUUGCGCAGGUGCCGUAGCGGCCCCAAUGCGAAAACUGUGGCUUGAAAACUGCCAGGGAUUCCCGCCCCCUGUAACACAGACUGGAUGAAGGAAGACAGACGAGAACGAGUUAAAGGCCGACCAUGGUCCCCGACAGGGGACCAGAUGAGGGCCCUUAAAGAUGUAAAUAUGCCAGGAUGGCCGAAAUUGGACAGAGCACGCCCCAGGUAUAUGAAACAUCCCUGGGGAAACAGGUCAUUUCUAGAACUUUCGAUGUACAUGCAAAGGCUGGAAGGAUUAACCUCAUCAUCUACUUGUAAGUCCUGAACGGUUAAAUGGAUGGAUGGGUCAAAGGUGGAGUUGACCAUAAACUCUCCAGCCCUUAGGAAUCCAAAGAAACCUAGGCAACAGGCAGCUCACAGCAUGACGUGCUCUGAGUUGUGGGUAUCCAAGGAAUGCUGGAUAAUCCGCAUGGUCGGGUGUCACUGGCUGGCAUUGUGUGAGAGUUGAGCCUUGGUGGCGCUUAAUGCCCCGGAGAGGGCACUGAAGUUGGAGGCAGUUCACCAAGGGAUCGGGUAACCCUGAUCGAUGUGCAAGGACCGUAUUGCCGAGAGAUAAACCUUUAUUGAGCAGUGAUGAAAAUGAUCUGCUAGGUGGGAACAAAAACGCAGCAAGGUUUGUUCAUUAAAGAACCAUUUGAACUGACAUAGCCAUCUAAAGUACAGAAAUUGAUGAACUGACACUUCGCUGAACGAUACACCUGUCAGGUUGAAGGAGCCAGACCAUUGGAGAGAUAAAAUUGGCACUUUUGGUCUAAACUACAGGCAGCUGGGCCAAGACCAAAGGAGGGUACUGGCGUUGCUGUGGGAGAUGCAUAAGGAGCUAGCUGAUGGAACUGCUGAAAUUCAAAACGAGGAAUGAUGUUAACUAUGGCAUUUGAUUUUCUAGAAACGUGACGAGCAGUAAAUGCAAAGGAUUUCCGGGCCGCCAACAGGGAGAGGUGACGUAGCAGCACCUUCAAGUUCGAAUCUCGUGAUGUACUGGACCACAACACCUCGACCGCUGCUGUAUUGUCAGAACAGAAUUUUACCCGCUUUGCAGACCACUGGUGACCCCAAAGGGAAGCUGCCGAAACAAUCAGAAAGAGUUCUUUGUAGGCAAUGGAUAAGGGCAUCUGUAAUGGAGACUACCUCCCUGUGAACCAGGGAGCCCCGUAUCCAACAGAGCUAGCAGCGUCAGAUGAGACAUGAAGAUCUGGGAUGGGAGUGCAGCGAGGAGACUGGAAGAAUUCGAGCCACCACGACAAAUCCAAAUGAAAAUUAUCUAUUAAGCCUUAUAGGAUGGUUCUCUCUGCAAAAAGCUGAGAGCAGAUUGAUCAUACGGUGGAGGAAGGUGCAACCAGAAGGGACGACUUUGCAUGCAUGUUGAAGAUUGCCAAUUAAAGACUCCAACUCCUUCCGUGUGCAAUGGCGUUUUUGUGACCAGAAGACCAGGAUUGUGUGGAUACGAUCAAAGAGAAUCAAGUUCUAUGCCUAAAACAGUCAGGAUAGUGGAAGGGCUCUCCAACUUGUCGGGGUGAAGGGGAAUCCCCCAAUCCUGGAAUUGCUGGAUACUGGUGUCUAUGUUCCGUUGGCACGUCUGAGAAUUAGGAGGACCCAGGGUGUGGAAAUCGUCCAGAUUAUGAAGGAGAAACCUCACGUCAUACUGUUUUUUGAGAACCCAUUCCACCAGGUCUACAACUGAAGAAAAAACCUAAGGCGCUGAAGGCAAACCAAAAGGUAAGGUGAUGUCCACAAAGUAAUUUCCUUGCCACUGCAUGCCAAGAAGAUAAAGAUCAUUAGGGUGUACGGGAAUAAUGCGGUAGGCACUUUCCACAUCAAACUUCGCAAGCAAAGUGCCCCGACCGAGUGACAUAAUCUGUCAAUAGUGCCAUCCACUUUCAUUAAUUGAACCGUGAAAGGGUCUUUUCUAAUACCAUCAUUUACGCUGCGACCAUCAGGACUAGAAAGAUUCAGAAUCAAGCACCAUUUGCCUGGCUGGUGUCUUUUGGGGAUGACUCCAAAACGGCUGAUGUGAAGGUGAGGUAACAGAGGGGAAGAAAAGGGACCAGCAAUGCGACCCUUAGCUAACUCCCUGUGAAGGUAGUCAUCAAUAACCGAGGGCUGAAGACUAGCAGAAGACAUAUUCUGUGCGGCCGAUUUUUAGGAGACAGAAGCAGUGUUGAAACCAACAUGAAACCCAUUCUGAAGACCAUCCAAGACAUAGGUUACAAAAGAUUGAUCUGGGUAAUUAUUCCACUCUUAUAGGAGAAACUUUGUAGGGAGGAAGUAGCGGCUGAUGCAACAACAGAGCCAAUGCAGACGAGCAGGAAUCAUUGAAGAAUAAAUUCAGUCCAGGCUUCUGCCGGGAAUCAACACCAGUAAACGCAAACGUGGAGCAAGGAACAGUCAAAGAACUACUAACGGUAUUUACAUAAGAGGGGGCUGCCACCUGCAAGGCAACCUUGUUAACACCAACGGCGUUUUCCCCCGGACGGAGUGAGGGACCAGGAGCGCUGAGACCCCUUGUAGGCUCAAAAGGGACAGUUGGCAAGGGGGUGUUCACCAUCGCAUCUUUUGCAGACAUGACGAUACCGACAUUUACCCAGAGACCAGUGACAGGUGCCAUCAUUCCAGGAUCGACAAUACUGAAUGGGGUCGAAGGAACGCUUGGAUUUGAUGUUCGAUGAGGCUGAGGUAUGGGCCAGGAAGUCAGGCGAGGAGCUGAUUGACCAGUAAUGGUGCUGGAUGCACGUGUGUGGAAGUUGUAUAAAUUCAGGUUCAUCUGAGACCAGUCGGUUAGAAAAUAGGCUGCAGCAUCCUUCCUGAAUGCCAUGUCAUCAUUCAACCAAGCUGGUCUAGGAAACUGACAAGCCAUCUGGAGGAUCAGUAACUUAUACUGAGUAGUAUCCUGCCAGUGAGAAGGGUAAGUACUGCAGAAGAUCCACUGGUAAAUGGUAAAGGCCUGAAUCCAUGUUAGAAUGUCGGUGAUCUCUACCACCCUUUUUUUGGCAGGGGCAAUGAGUAGUUUACCAUCCAAAUAGGUAUGAGGCUUGCCAAGCUCAACAAAGGUGCCACUGGUGAUUUUGGCCAGCAGUUUUCCCAGGAUUGGCGCGUAACUGGGGCCAACUACAAAUUCUUUCCCGACUGAAGGCACCAAGGUCAGGCUGCUGGUCGACAGUACCAAGGAUGGUGGCUACGAAGCCGGGACCGGUGGCUGAGAAGCACAAAGAAGCACGGGAAUGCCAACAGACGAAUAAGUAGAAAGAAAUGGCGGCACAGUCACGCUACCUGCUAAAGAAGAUGAGCGACAACCAGUCGAGGUCGAUGUUUGAGUCGACGGCACAUUUAUCGUGGAAGAGGCCACGCUGGAAUUGCCAGACCUGCUGCUGGAAGAAUUUGGCGCUCCGUUCUCCUGAAAAGCCGUUAACAUCUAAGGGAGCGACUGCUGAAAAGCUUGGGAAAUGGCCUGUGACAGAGUCUCUGCUGAGAUGGCGACCAAAGAGGGCGAUGAAGUAAAGGAGGACGAAGAAGUGGAAGCUAAUGUAGUCGAGGGGGCGGAUUCACCACUAGACGUAGACGAAGCGGUACCGUGCGGGUCACUGUUGAAGCGUGGGAAAUUUGGAAUGUAGAACCAUAUUGGAGCGAAUUUAGAACUGGAAAGAUAGGUGUGUUGUCAGGGAAAAAAGGAUGCACAUGAUCUUAACUUUUUUCCCUUUCCAUUGAGUUGCUGGAUAAAUAAAAUCUGUCUCAUUGGUCCACGUAAGUAACUGCUUUGACUGUCUAUAAAUGUAAACCCAAAUAAUUGGUCUUCAACAUUUCUAUCGUGGUGGAAAAUCGAAAAGGAGUGGCUGAGUCCAUGUUGGGAUGGCAUGCUUUGUCCCCAUUAUCAUAUAUCAAUUUGGAGAGCAAGGGAUGGCGCAGUGGUGAGAGUGCUCGCCUCCCACCAAUAUCGCCCAGGUUCAAAUCUUGGUGUCAAUGCCAUAUGCGGGUUGAGUUUGUUGAUGGUUCUCUCCCUUGCUCCGAGAGGUUUUUCUCCGGGUACUCUGGUUUUCCUCUCUCCAAAAACUAACAUUUCCAAAUUCCAAUUCGACCAAGAAUCAGGUGGAUGAAGAACCACUUUGUGGAUGUGCUUCCUCCAAAUCAUUAUUAUUAUUAUUACUAUUAUUGAAACUAACGAACUGAAUCGAUAUUUCUGACCAUUCGUGGAAUAACUCUUGCUGAAGGAUAAUAAUAUUUUUGUUAUUUCAUUUUAAAUUCUGUCCUGCAUCGUUAGCCCAUUAAAGAUGAACUGGUUUAUAAUCAAUUGAAACAUAUUGUUUUUUUUUCGUAAACAAAGUCUUUUUGUGUCUGUUGGUUCGAGUUACAUAAUCUCGGGGGUAUAUACUCUUUCAGAUGGCAGCACGAUUGAUCAAAAGAUAUCGAGUGUGGUUGUUAUUGAAGGAAACAACGUCACUAUUAAAUGCAACGCCACUGGAAACCCACCACCCAACAUCACUUGGAUAAAGGAUAUCAGUCCAUUGGUGUUUUACCAAGGAGAGAGUUAUGAUAUUGUUAAUAUUGAUAGAAACUCUGCUGGUGAUUACACAUGCACAGCAUGGAAUGGAGUCGGUGAAAAAGCGAAUGCAACUGCUGCAGUUACAGUGCACUGUAAGUUAUUCUUUCCUUACAAUGCUUGACUCUUAAGAUUCAAUGCAUAUUGGUGUAGUUAGACUUGCGUAGACAUGAAAAAUGUUUUGCGCACCAUGUUCCCACAAUUGCAAUACUACGCUUAUGUGCCUUGUCAAUUUGAGGUUAAGAAUAAAAUGCCAGUUCUGAACUCAAUACCAGUAUAAUGUGUUGGCUUUCUCAAACUCAUUAAUAAUUCAUUAAGAAAAUACAAAGGAAAGUAAUGUUUAAUGAGUGUUUGGAAAUCGGAUGAAACACUGCUUAGUAUUUGCAUCCUUAAUUUCUCCUUCAAAAAUGAUUUUGUUUGAGAAGAAAUAUCAAACAUUCGACACAGUGUUUCAUCACCAGAUGAAACACCUCGAAGUUCGUCAAAAAUACUCCGCUGCGCGUCGUAUUUUCAACUCUCUUCUCGGUGUUUCAUCUGGUGAUGAAACACUGCAUCUCAUGUUUGAUAUAUUACUUCUCAAACUCAUUAAUAAUUCAUAAAGAAAAUUCAAAGGAAAUUAAUGUUUAAUGAGUGUUUGGAUAUCAGAUGAAAAACUGCUCAUUUUUGCAUCCUUAAUUUCCCCUUCAAAAAUGAUUUUGUUUGAGAAGAAAUAUCAAACAUUCGACACAGUGUUUCAUCAACAGAUGAAACACCUCGAAGUUCGUCAAAAAUACUCCGCUGCGCGUCGUAUUUUCAACUCUCAGACUCUUCUCGGUGUUUCAUCUGGUGAUGAAACACUGCAUCUCAUGUUUGAUAUAUUAUGUCAAUCCUUGGUUUGUGCGAGUUGGUCCCGUUGUGUAGUACCGAAAAAAGGAUUAACCUGCAGAUAAGUAAGGGAAUGUUCAACGGAAAAUAAUGAAUGAAAGUGCGGUGUUUUGGCUUCAGUUUCUCUCCAUGCAGCUUAUCGGAAUUUUUUUUUCCCUUAUUUGUUUGAUUGACAGUUAUUUCUCUGAAAUUCUUGAUAGACUGGUAUCGUUUUAACUAAAGUAAAUGUCUUAAUUGAAAUUACAAUCUUGGCCACAGACGAAAUGUUUGAGAGGAUCUUGUUAUUGAGAAGUGUACAUGCGCGAAGUAAAUAAGGAAAAAUCAGCGCAUCUCGACGACCAGACUGCCUUGUGUCUGAAAUUUUGCUUUGUAUUUUUAAAAUUUUGCUGGUAAAUGUCUUGAAGCAAUGUUUCUAACUUCGACAGAUGAAAGUGCUAUUGAUCUGGCGCUAUCAAACAUUACGGUUGUUGAAGGAGAUAAUGUCACUCUGCACUGUAAUGCCACUGGUAUCCCAACGCCAAACAUUACUUGGACCAAGGAUAGCAAUCUGACCGUGAUACAUCAAGGAGGAACCUAUAACGUUGCUGAUAUAGAGAGAAAGGCUGCUGGAGAUUACACAUGCAGAGCUUGGAAUGGAGUUGGUAAACAGGCCAAUGCUACAGCUUCUGUCACUGUACAUUGUGAGUUCACCAUUACCCAUGAUUUAUGAUAUGUCUAGUUCAUAGUGUAGUUGCUAAACUGCUAAGGUCUCUAAGGAGACUUGCAAUGUCAGAAGAUCAGUGGGCUACAAAAUGCUGUUCUAUGACGGUAUUUAACUUGUUUGACAUAACAGUCUCAGGACAAAAAGGGUUUGUCUUAUGUAGUGAAAGUGUUAAACAAAUAGACAAAUUAUGUCCAGUUGGUCUUGACUAGAUUAAAAAAGAUGGAAGAAGAAUGUUGUCAUUACUAACAUAUCCAUGUUAAAGGACCAUUUACACGCAAAUAGCUAUAGCGCUCGUGCUUUAAACAAAACCUGCUACAAGCUAACUAUAUUUUUCUGAAAAGUAUAAUAGCUCAAAAUGGUACCAUUUUCGUUUCGUUUGAUUGAAAGGAAUAAUAAGAGUAUAAGUCACACUUGCACUGUAUCUCUUAAAUUUUCUUCUUUUUUAAACGAAUCGAAGCUUGUUUACGUGGCAUGUUUACGUUCGCAUGCAUUGCUUGUGUGUUGCAACUUUCAUUCAAAACAAGCUAUCUCGAUUGCUCUGUUUGGGCCACGCCUAAAUAAUAAAAGAGCGUAAUAUCUGACUAUUAACCUUCCGGGUAAUGAGUGAUCUGUGGGGGCUAUAACAAGCUGGGUGUAAAUGGUUCUUAACCCUGGCUAACACCUUAACUAAACUUGGAAAGAUGAGUGAUUGUCUUUGAGAAACAUGGUGCUCGCAAGGUUCGCUCUUCCUUUAUGUCUUCCGCAUGGAAAUAGAAAUUGUUUUGUUCACUUGAUUAAAAAGGUUCCCGAGGAAUAGUUGUUACAGAAGCUGUAAACAUAACCUUGAAGAUAAUAUUUUUGUUAAUAGACGAGAGUGUUCUCUACAUGUCACUGUCAAAUGUAACUGCUGUUGAAGGAGACAACGUCAGUCUACGUUGUAAUGCAACUGGUAAUCCAGCACCAAACAUCACUUGGAACAAAAAGGGCAAUCCAGAAGUAUUGUAUCAAGGAGAGACCUACAGUAUUGUCAACAUUCGGAGAACGGCUGCUGGAGAUUACUCGUGUACAGCUUGGAAUGGAGUUGGUGACAAAGUCAGUGUUUCAGCUUCUGUCACCGUACAUUGUGAGUAACAUGUUUCAAAAGUCGCUCUUUCGUGGUUAAUGUUAGACAGAUUCCAGCCCUUAUUUGCCCUUUUGCCAUGAUAUCUCUGUGGAUACGUAGAGGCACUUUUGGUGUCCAAACUAAAAUGGUGUGAAUGAUUUUUACUUAAAAUUGUCGUCAGACCCCAUUUUUUUUGUCAUGAUUGGGUAGUACUUUUUUGCAAACUGAAAAGAUUAUCCAUUCUUUUGAAUGUUAAGGAACAUUUCUCCCAGACGGUAAAGCAACUGUGAGUAUUUUCACAAUGUCAGUUAAAACAUCCCUGUUGACCAGUCAUGGUGUGCUGUAUAUUACCCCAAUUCCCUUCCAUCACUUUUUGGGUAAUGGAAUACAGAUAAUAAUGAAAAGGACAUAAGUUAUUUUGUUCUCAAGGGUGUCCCAGAUGAUCCAUAAGAGAAUAUACACUAACAUUAGAUUGCUCACUUGAGAAGUUCGACAUCUUUAGAAAGUCCUUAUGCUUAAGGUCUGUGACGUAAUUAGUGAUCUGCUCAGUUUUAACAUCUAAUCGUCAUGUGCUUUCUUUCUCUUUUCCCUCUACUCAGAUCCCCCGAGCAUAAGUGGUUUACCACCCAAUACUGUUAUCCAGGAAGGGAAAAAUGUCACACUUUACUGUAACGUCACAGGGAACCCAAGUCCUAAGAUUACGUGGACCAAAGAUGGCAGUGUUAAAGUGUUGAGUGGGGCAGAAAGGUUUAUCAUCCUCAACGUGACUCGUCAACAGGCUGGUGACUACGUUUGCACAGCCAGGAACGGAAUGGGAACCAGUGCAAAUACCACUCUUAUGCUUACUGUACACUGUAGGUUACAUUCAGGCUUCAUUGACAGUAGAUUAAACGAAAUUGCUCUUAAACAGAAACAUUAUUGUGCAGCGCUGUCCUAACAUUAUCAGGUCCACCUAGUUGACAGGCGUCUUUGGGCUCAGCCUGGAGUGGUUAAGUAUUGACGUGCUUAGGGGUGAAAUUUCAAUACCUUAAUCAUGCGAUCAACAAAGCGUUCAAUUUAUAUUGUUUUCACUUUCUCAGCAAUCAUUUUUAUUCCACGAUGUGGUAACUGAUCCCCAGUAAAUGUGUGCUGUUCUAGUGACAAGUUGCCAAAAACAGGAAAAGACCAACAUAAACCAUAUGAUAGUAGUGUAUUUGUUAGUUUAUGGUAUAAAUGGCCUGGGUGCUAUAACACUCGUACUCUUCACAUUCAACCUUGUAGCUUUAGAAAUUGCAAUGUAUUUCAAAGUAUAGUCCUCCAGGAUGUUCGAAAGGUUAUUUGAAUUUGAGCGAAUUAAAUUCACUCCAUUUUCUCGAAAUAAAAGCGCUUGAUGAACUAUAGAACGAUUUGAAUAACAAAUCUGUUAAAUCAAGUUUUAUUUUUUAGAUCCAUCUUCGGUUGGUACUAGACCGAUGAACCAAACUGUCAUGGAAGGACAGAAUGUAACUCUGCACUGUAAUGCCACUGGUAAUCCAGCACCAAACAUCACUUGGACUAAAGAUGGUAAUGCAGUGGUUUUGUACCAAGGAGAGACGUAUACAAUUUAUAACAUACAAAGAGAGGCUGCUGGAGGUUACACAUGUACAGCCUGGAAUGGAGUUGAUGAUCAAACAAAUGCUACAACUUCUAUCACUGUGUACUGUAAGUUAUGGGGAUAUUUCAUUGCCUGUAACAGCGCAAUGAUAUGAAGUAUAUAUACGAGGAUAACAUUACUGUCUCGAUCAUCCCUACCCUUUAGGGAUAACUGGCGAUUCUUGAAGGUAUUUGACAAGGAAAAUUUAUACCAGUGCAAGAUUGUCUCUCACUUAAGUACUGUGUGCUUUAAUGCAUAUUUUUAAACAUAAUACAAGUGCAUACCAAGAACACCAAACGAGUGUGACACGUCUUGUAGCAGUGUUUACAUUUUUGGCACCACCAGCAUUAUCUCAUAGCUGGAGGCGGCUGAGUCCUUGUCUUGAUUGCAUGGAUGAAUCUCUCAAAUCAACGUCGACUGUUCAUAUGCCAUUUGAACAGCUGUCAACUUGUGUCUUUUGUCUUCUACAGAUCCUGCUGUGAUCCACCAGGCUCCAAGCAACCAAACUGUUCUUGAAUAUAGCAACAUCACCCUUGUCUGCAAUGCAACAAGUAACCCACCCUCUAACAUCGUAUGGACUCAAAACGAAAAUAGUACCAUUCUCCAUCAGGGGAACGCUUUUAUUAUUAGGAAUGUUACAAGAAAUUUUAAUGGGACACGAUAUAAGUGCACCACAGAGAACAAUGUCACUGAAGAUGCUUAUUCAUAUGCGGUGGUUACUGUGUUAUGUAAGUAUAGUUUCCAAUAAUGAUAGCACCAGUUCAAGUUAGUAUACAGAUAAAACUAGUUUGUGAAUUUCGAAUAAAAUUCACUCGGAGAAUGGCAGUCAUUAACGCCCCAAUUUUUUUGCAGGGUAUAAUAUACCCUCGUCCACCAGCUUGGUCCAGAAUUUGUUAAGGCACAAAGUUGAAAUAUUAAAGCUUGAUUAGAGGCUGACGAACAUGAGGGGUUAUUUUUGUAGGCAAUCCCUCGUCCGUUCCAAGGCUAAAAUCUAAAGUAUUAGGAUAGUUAGAGUACGGACCCAGGGCCCUAAAAAAACUGUAAGACCAUUACUAUUUUGAACACUGGCCCACUUCCUUGAGCCAUGGAAUAGUUUAUUUUACGUUACUCAGUAACCUUCUGCCAAUUAAUCUCCUUGUUUUUCAGAUCCACCCGAAGUUUCUGUCUUGUCACCAAACCGAGUUCUGGAAGGCGAUAAUGUGUCACUUAUAUGCAAUGUCAGUGGCAACCCACAUCCUAAUGUUGCGUGGGUUAGAGCAAGGGAUAACUCUGUGUUAAUAAACAAUAGUAAAGCACUGUUGACAAAUAUCAACAGAACGGAGUCUGGAGUCUUUCAUUGUCUAGCUUGGAAUGGAAUUGGGGCAAAUGCAUCAUCGAAUAUUAGUAUUGAUGUAUUGUGUGAGUAUGUUUUUAAUAAAGAAGACCUCAAAGUCCCUUUAGUGUUGAUUCCUUCAGAGGUCAAUUGAGAAAUCCAAGCACAAUUUGAUUAUUCCAUUUUACUCAAGUUAUUUGCAACUGGGAAAGGUAGCUUCAGGUCAAGUAAUUCUCAUGUAUAAGAGAAUGGAAAUACUUGACCUUUAAAUUCAUAUCUGAAGAGGCUGUUGAGCAACUGAGAGGACAAUUCCCCCUGCCUUGUGUAGUAAAUACUUGUUACUAAUGUGUGAACCACAACUGCAAAUUUCCUUGAUGUUUCUUGUUUGCGGAGGUUGGGUAUUGUGAUUUGAGGCAGGUAUUGUUGGGUGUCUAUUCAAGCUUUUCUACUUUGUAAUUUAGUCACACAGGCAACUGCCAUUUUUUAUCAAAUAUAAAGUUAUGGGCACACAAUCAGACACAUCACAUGAGUAGUUUUCGAUCAUUUUCAUACAUUUUUCUCUGAAAAUUUAUCAUAUACUUCAUGCGUUCUCAUUUAGCAAGUUGUUAGAAUGUUUCGUCUCACCCUAAAGUUUUCUGUGCAUUGCUUUUCGUCGUUGGAGGAUGACAAAUACCGCAAGUUAUGCCAGUAUUCUUGUUGUUGUGAAGCUCCUUCUACCGAUUGAAGCAUAUGUUAAAAACUUAAAGGGGCUUUGUGUAUCUUUAGUUAUGAAACAAUCUGUAUGCCAUGCAGUGUGUUCCUUAACACACAGUUAAAGUGUAAGAUCAUAGAAUUUGUAGGAAGGUUUCUAGUAUCCCGAACCACCCUCUUAGAGCUAAUUUCCCCGAGACUAAGAUUAAAAGAUACAACUUAAGGAAUAAAUCUCCCGCAUUGCCCGCCAUUCAUACGGACCGUUUCAAGAAUACAUUCUUUAACAGAAUUGUCUUUAAGUAUAAUGUAGCUUUGUAAAUAGUGCACUUUCUGUAUUCGAUUUUUGUAUUUGUUUCUAUGUAUAUUCUAAUCUUAUUUACAGACAUACUUUAGCCCAUUAGCAUUGUUAUAUUUAAAUGUAACAAGAUAUGUAAUUUUAUCUUUUGAACAAUAAAGACACUUUAUUUAUUUAUUAUUUAUUUAGUUAGUUAGGAUAGUAUACAGCAGCUUUUAUUCUAAGAGUAGCUGGCUGGGGCGUCAUCCAGUAUUACUUUCCCAAUUAACAAGCGAUAUCUUUGUUGCAAAAAUGUGUUAUCGUUCUAGCUCAUGUGGCUACUGUUCACUUCACCUGUGAUCACGUAAAAGCAAAAAAAAGUAGAGGUCCCUACAAGUCUUCUGCGUAAUUUUUGCCACAAAUUUGCUCCUCACGUCGUUUUUCUCGUUAUGCCAGUUUUCCAGAAGAAUAAUUCUAAACUACAUUUUUGUCCUUGUGAAAGGUUCAUUCAGGGCCAAUUAUUUCCAAGCCAUACUGAAAAUUUAUAUUACUGCGUCCCCUUCCUUCGGCUUCGUCUCAGGUUAUGUUUUACUCUUCACUCUAACACAUUUGUGAAAACAGUUUCAUUGGUAUUCCUUUAAUUUCACCAGAUCCUCCAGAGAUAGUUACUCCUCCUGUGGAUCAAGUUGUUUGGGUUGGACAACUAGUAAAUCUCUCCUGUGACGCUGUUGGUAACCCUACGCCCAAGAUCUUCUACACAGUAAUUGGAGAUAAUGGCAUAGUUGGUUUUGAGAAGAUGCUUGUCAUUAACAGCUCCAGUACACCUUACAUGAAGACUUUCACCUGUAAUGCUAAUAAUACGAUAGGACCAGUGGCGGCAGCUAAUGCAACUAUAACAGUUUUAGGCAAGUGUAAUGUGACAUUUUGAACAAAUGUUCUUUGAAGAUUUGCUAAACAGAUUGCUGCCUAAAUGAGGCAAUUAGAAGCCAAUAAAAUAAGCAAACGUUCUCUUGGUGUUGGUGUUGGAAUGGGUGAGUCUCUUUUCUUCUACCUUCUUUUAUGGUAUCUUCCAAACAAAUUUUAGCCGAUGUGGGCAAAUUUAUAGGCAGAGAUCACAACAAACGUUUACUAGAAGACAGGGUUGCAUUAGUCUCGUUUUUGCUUUGGCAUAUGGUGAACCAAUCCUUUUGUUAAUUAAGGGAGCUUCAAAAUGUUUGUGGGAUUUUUUUGUAAAUUAUGGGUAAUCAGCAAUUUUGCUAGUAGACUUUUAAGCAAAAAAUCUCGGGAAAAGCCGAUUGCAUUUCAAAAUGACCGCUCUCUGCCGAGCGGUCUAAUUUAAAGUAAAACCUAACACCUUUUUUGUUCAACAGCAAGACCUUGUGCACAGAAUCCUUGCCUGAAGGGAAGCUGCAUAGACGUUAAUAUUGGCACGUAUCUCUGCAAUUGUAGCUACGGUUAUCAAGGAGCAAACUGUGAUCAAGCGAGUAAGUAUGAAACCUGAACAUGGUAAUUUUUUGACAGCUUUAUCAAAAGGCUUGUUACAUGAAUCCAGUAUUUGACGAGUCUGUCAAACAGAAGGAGAGUGGACGAAAAUUCUCAGAGGAUUCUUUGAAAUACAGGGGAAAGUUUUUGAAAACACUUAAAUCGCAAGUGGUUCCAGAGGUAGGAAACAGCCAUACUUAAGGAUUACGUAAACUCAAGGAUCUGUUAAGUAAGGUUGAUUCUAAAUAAAUGUGACUGUUAAGAAAAAACCAGUUAAAAGUAGAAGGUUAUGCCACCUACUAAUAUUAAUUUGUUCUUCUUUGCAGUUCCCCCCAAAACAGAUGUUGUAAACGGUUUGAUAACUCUCAAGAAGGACAGAUACAUUUAUCAUCCAGAUUACCAGAACCACAGCAGUGCAAUGUUCACAGAACUAAGCUCUAGGUUUUGUGAGAAUGUAAGUCCAUGUCUACUACAACCCUUGUAUCAUCCAAUUCUUGGUGCCCUGAUGGGUUCUUUUCAUUAAAUAGGUAAUGAUAUAUUAGAGAAAUUUAGAGUCACUUCUACGGGAAACAGCAAAUGUGAGAUUCAAGUCGACAGUUUCUCGAUUUACGAAAUGAGCAAAUAUAACAGUCCAAGUUGAUUUUUAUAGAUGAAACACGCUUGGAGCGACUUACCUUUGUAUAGAAUUAUAAAUAUACGGUAAUCAACAACUAAAUGGAUAACUUGGUCACGUGGUAUAUAUUGGCGUUUGCCGUAAAGGUGAUUUUUAAUCUCUAACGUAAGGACUGUAUAUCUGUUCAUCAGCCAGUAGUGUUGAUCAAAAUGCAGUUUACCAUGUUACUCCAAGAUUCAAUACUGAAUACAGAUGAAAUUAUCAACCUUAACCGUGCUUCAUCAACCUUCACAGCGUUGCUAAAUAACAAUUAUUCCUCGAGCCCGAAUGAGAUCUGAGUCUCGGCCUCUUGGGCUAUUGACUCAGAAGCCGCGAGGGUGAGAGGAAUAAUUGUUUUUGUAAAAUUCAACUAGUUGGUCAAAAAUAUCGAGACAAAACAACUUUAACUAGCAAGACGCAAUUCAGCUUCCAUUGUUCUGGUUAUCAAAGCCGGCGCUUUUCGCUGCAAGUGGGCAAAAACAUAUAGCCUAGUAGUAGCUCAACCAAUCAGAACGCAGCUUUGAUAAUAGACCACUAUUUGGAUUUUACUAAUGUAAGUUAUCUCAUAUAGCCAAUAGAACAAUAAAACCGUAACCAGGUAAAAAGCAAUGGAGAUCCGUACCUGUAGUCAUAGUAGUAGUAUAAGAGGGACUGGUUAGAACCCCUUUUUGCGGAGGAAUACAUCAACGCCGAUGACGUCGUAAAUGAGAUUGCACCGCAUAUUAUUCCUAGGAUAAAGAAGGCUUUGACGUCAUUGGCGUUAAUGUAUCCACAGCGAGUUGUUGACACUCUAGCCUGUGUACAGCCGGCCCCUCCACGAACAAAAAAAAGUUCUGGGUAUGUAAACGGAUAGCUGUGUUACAGUGGACUUUUCUGCUGAGGAUACCUUCGUUAUUUUUACCUUUUUAGGUGACUGUCUUGUUUCAAGGCGAACCACAGUUUGGUCACUGUAAAGUCAAUGACAUCAUGUAAGGAUGAAGUUCAGAUAUUUAAGGAAAUAAUACAGAUUUGUUAAAAGGGUACCACACCAUAUCGUGUCUUCAUAGCAAAGCUAACUUCAACAGUUUUACACGAUGUAAACCUACCAAUAAUAAUUUCCUCCAAUGAAUCUCAUUAAAUCUUCUCCUUUUGAUUAAACAGUAAGAAUCACUUUAACAGUGAAACGCUAUGAAAAUGAUCUUAAACCUUUUUAUGACAUCUUCUUUAACAAUCCCGUAAAAUUGGUUUAGUGCUUUUGGUAAAUGUUGUGUCUUACACAGAAAAGAGCGGAAAUACAAAGGUCAACAAAAUAUGUAGAAAAAAGUCUUACGUCUCUAGAGAAACUAUUUCUUUUUCAAGAAAACUUGUUUCACUAAAUUAAAAAAUGACACAGCUCUCGUGUUUAUGAAAAGCUUUAACAUUUUUGUUGUUGUUGUUUUCUGCUUUUUCAUGUAAAUUGCUAUUAUAACACACGUUGCUUCAUUGUUUUCGCCUACAGAAAUGGAAGUGUUGUGGUAAACUUUACUUUGAUCUUCAUCAGGGGAAAUAAAUCUGUAGACAACCUGCUACAGGUCUUAAAAGAAUCUGUCGACAACGGCAGUGUUGUAGCAAUUCCAGUAGAGAGAGAGACACUUCACCUCAUUUUACCUUGUGAGUUAACACUUUGUAUCUCACCAAUCUCGUUGCUGAAAUGGGUUGUUGGUCCUCAUCAGGCCCUGUACGAAACACCAUCGUCUUAGAACAUUUCGUAUAUGCGUAUGUUUUGAUCCUAGACAUUACAGCCCUGAUAAACUGCACAAUUGGCCACCAUGUGUUUAAUGGUAUUCUGGAGUUGAAACAUGUUUUAACCUAACCCGCCAGAUAACCAGAUAAUGCUAUUGGCAUAUCACCAUUUGCUUAAUCCACUAAGCGACAAUACUACUGGUCAUGCCACGUUGUCUACUUGGGACAGUCAUGUUGCAUGUGUCUGGAGAUAUCAAACGAGAACAGACCACCUGCUUUCACGAGCGUAGCCUUACUGAAUACUAUGUUGGUUAAAUGCAGGCAAUAGUAAACAAAUGUGUAUAAAUGUAAAACUAGCACAGGGGACGGGGGCGUCACUACUGUCACGGUCAGUGUGUUGGUGAGCCCUAAUUGCCACCUGCCCUUUAACUUACGGAUUAUCGUUUGUAAUUAAGAGGGUGGCCACUUUGUGAAAUCAUGAUUAAACUCGUUACCACAGUCUAUUUAAAAAAAAAUUACCCAAGCUGUAACCGGGUUUGAAUCUACUAACAGCUACUACUGGCAAUGGCAUUAGGUAACUGUACUUUUUUUUUUUUGUCCUUUAGCUACCACAGCUCCCCCAACCACAGUUCAAGUUCUGCCACCAUCAGUUGCUGCGCGGAAAAAGUCCAUGUCGCCAUGGAUAAUUGCUGUGCUUGCUGCCAUUGGUGGACUAGUGUUCUUGGUGUUCAUUUGUGCUAUCAUACACUGUUGUGUAUUGAGAAAGAGAAAAGUCAAGAAGCGAGGUAUACGAAAAUGAUCUGUUUGGAGACAUUCUUAUUGGUCUAAAAGGCCCAAUAUUAGUGUCUCCAAAAUCAAAAAAUGUAUGCGUUACAAGAUGUUGGGGGAAUGGAAAACCUCCGCCUCUACGAUGUAUUUGUGACAGCCUUCGAUAGUCAGAGUCAAUUACGUAAAUAACUCAUCUCUUUCGUUGUUGUUGUUACUUCAUUUGAAUGGAAAGCAGUAUUUUCAGCUUAUUCUGAGUAGGUUCUAGCAUGACAAAAUGUACGUUCACACUUGGUUUAACAGAUCUCAAAUUAAAUUUUGUAGCUAUUUUUUGGUUUAUCUUUAUCACUGGAUAACUAAAUUUGUAGUUAGUUAAUGAGGUAUACAGUGGUCACGAAAAUGAUCAUUGUGAUAAACAGCCAUCCCCUAUGGGAUGAAGGCAGUAGCGAUAGUUGCUUUUCACUCUUUCCAUCUUGGUAAACCACUGGCUUUGUUUCUUGUUUAAUGACUUACUUACCUUGCUAUAAUUCAACAUGUGAAUAGGUAUAAAAACCCUAUUACUAUGUAUUAUAGCAAACUGUUAUAUUUCGAAAUUUAAAUAAAAGUUGAAAGUUGAUAGCAAAUACUUUCCUAUCGCAAUGAGACCAUACUGACAUCCCAGAGAGAUUUUUCCUUUUCAGGAUGGAGACGAGGAGAAACACUUUUGUAAUGGUCCCCAAAUUUUUGAGGAUUGUGGAAUGUUUUCUCCCAUGACCUGAUGAUAUAGCUUAAAGACAGUGGAAAUAGCCUUUGAAAAACAAUAACCAUCUUUAUUUUUUUUGUGGAUUAUUUGAGAAACCUGUCGACCAUAUUUGCGAGUAAAGGAAGGCCCUGGAGAGAAGUUAGAGAAUUUGUUUACAUUGCAUGCCAACCAUGAGUCUUACUCAUUUGUUUACAUGCCAUUUGUCCUUGUUUACCUAUUACAGGCAUAUGUCAACGGUACGAGGAAUCAACGUAAGUACUGGUCGGCUUCUUUAUUUUGUUCUAUUCGUUCGAAGUAUGCCCUCCUUAUUAGUGUGACCAAAACUAUGCAUUCAGUGCUUCUUAGAAAAGAAAAGUUAUCAUUUUGUUAGGGGUCCAUUUUUUGGCUCCCCUUCAACUAACGUGUUCUUACAACCCCUAAUCCCCUUUUACGGGGAAGAUCAAACAAAUAUCUUAAGGUGUUGAUUUACUUCCUUUUGACAGUGGUAAAUGGAUCGAUCUGCCUCAAGUCGGUGAUGGGAAAGGAUCUGACGAGGUUUACGGGUAUACAGGACCUGGAGCUUAUAUUCAUGAGGGACCCACUGUAAGGGUACCAGCUAACCAGGUACAUUUUUUUCUGACUUCUUGGCAGAAGAAAAUUAAAUUUUGGAAACCUUGAAACAUUUUCUUUUCACAUGGGACAAGAAAUGGUUUGGACAAAAUUCUGUUAGGACAGAGAAAAAGCCGGUUUUUUUAUUGCGAAUCAGGGAAAACGGGAAUUUUGAGUACAAAAAAAAUGAAUAGAUUACAUAUACUUAGGUCAGAGCAGUAAUUUAGGUUACUGUUAUCCAAGGAAUAUAUGCAAACAAUACAAGAUGUUAGAUAUUAAACAACUACUUGUCCAAAAAGUGUUUCGUUGAAAUUCUACCAAACAUUGGCAAAUGCGUUGGGAAGCUUCUUUAUAUUUAGUUAGGAGAUUUUGAGAAUGGUCUCUGCGCUAGCCUUGUUUAUGGAAUAUGUUAGUCAGGGUAAAUCCAUCGCCCUAAAGUAACUUCAGUCUAAAUGUUAAUGUUUUUCAGGAAAAUGGCUAUCACAGUGGUAUUUACGAAAGAACUCCUGAUGAGCCAAAGCCAUCUGUCGUUCAAUUCAGUGAUAAAGCUAAUGGUAAUGUCUUGAUUAAUGUUUCUGCCUGA